AAAUGAUGAAGUCGGAGGGUCAAAAAUGGGGGCACAACCGCACAAUGGCGCUCGCAGUUCCAACGCACGGCGAUCGAGGUGGAAAAAUGUUCAAAGAGCUCCGACAAGCAGGCUUCGCAAGCGGUCAUCCUCCAGCCCCUCCUCAGUCCACUCCUCCCCUUGCCAUUUCUCCAGUCGGUGGCUUCGCUCUCCGCAACUGCGGAAGGUGGCGUCCAGGGAGGAGGAUAGAGAAGGGAGGCGAUGGGGACGAAGAAAGGUUGCACCUUUGCGACCUUACCCCCGCAUUCGGUGAGAAUUGCUUCUUCGAGUCUAUACUUGAAAUACACCUUGUAUGUUAAAUAGAAACCUGCAAAGAAGAGAGUUAACAAAGGAAUUGCAAAGGUUUCUGAAUUCUCAUUUUCUACCAUUAUGAGUUUCAAUGCCAUAGAUUCAAGCUCUCUUGGAGUUACAUCUGACAAUGAAGAUUCAGAUGGUUUGUUAAUUCCACUCCCUGCAAGGCUAAUAAUAGUUGCAAAUUUCCUUCCUCUGCAUGCUGUUCGAAAUCACACAAGUGGAGAAUGGCACUUUGAGUGGGAUGAAGAUUCAUUACUCCUGCAAAUGAAAGACGGAUUUCCUUCAAAAACUGAAAUCAUUUAUGUGGGUAGUCUGAAAGUUGAUAUCAAUGUAGAAGAACAAGAAGAACUUUCGCAAAUGCUUUUAGAAGAAUUUAGGUGCGUAGCUACUUUUCUGUGUUCUCAUCUUCAGAGAAGCUUCUACAAUGGCUUCUGUAAGAGACACCUUUGGCCACUUUUGCAUUAUAUGUUGCCAAUCUCUUCUGGGCAAAGCCAGAUCUUUGACCAAACCCUUUUCAGAACCUACAUUUCUGCGAACAGAAUAUUUGCAGAUAAGGUAAUGGAGGCAAUGAAUUCAGAUGAAGACUACGUGUGGAUCCACGACUAUCAUCUCAUGCUUCUACCAACCCUCCUAAGGAAGCGACUGACACAUAUCAAGCUCGGGUUUUUUCUUCAUAGCCCAUUUCCAUCCUCAGAAAUCUAUAAAGUUCUUCCAGUUAGAGACCAACUCCUCAAAGGCUUAUUGAAUGCAGAUUUAAUUGGUUUUCAGACUUUUGAAUACGCGCGCCAUUUUCUUUCUUGUUGCAACAGGCUCCUAGGCCUAGAUUAUAGAUUCAAGCAGGGUUAUAUAGUAAUCGAUUAUCUUGGCCGAAUUGUGACUAUUAAUAUUGCCCCUGUUGGCAUUCACAUUAGUCGACUUGAAAGAAUUCUGAAUUGCCCAUCAACCCUUGCCAAGAUUCAAGAGAUUGAACAAGGAUUUAAGGGGAAGACAAUAUUCCUCGGUGUUGAUGAUAUGGAUAUCUUCAAAGGUAUCAGUAUGAAGCUUUUAGCUUUUGAGGUUCUGUUGCAGAGGAACGAUAGGCUUCGAGGAAAGAUAGUCCUGAUUCAAAUUGCUAAUCCUCCGAGGACAAUGGGGAAGAAUGUUAUGGAAACAAAAAUGGAGGUAAUCUCACUCGUCAAGGGCAUAAACGAUGUCUAUGGUAGUCCAGGCUACACACCUGUGGUCUUUAUAGAUUAUUCUAUCUCCCCUCACGAGAAGAUUGCAUACUAUGUGAUGGCAGAUUGCUGCAUCAUAAAUGCUCUCAGGGAUGGUAUGAACUUAGUACCUUAUGAAUAUGUCGUUUGUAGGCAAGGGACAGAGGAGAUGGAUAGGCACUGUCUCAUUCAUGAGGUGCCCAAACGCACAAGCACACUGAUUCUCUCUGAAUUUAUCGGUUGUUCUCCUUCUUUGAGUGGAGCUAUAAGGGUCAAUCCUUGGAGCAUUCAGGAUGUUGCAGAUGGCUUGUCUCGUGCAAGUUGGAUGUCUGCACAUGAGAGACAGCUACACCACCAAAAACACUAUCGAUAUAUUAGCUCUCAUGAUGUGGCUUUUUGGACUCGAGGCUUCUCAAAGGAACUAGAAAGAGCAUGCAAAGUCAAUGCCAAUCAAAUAUACCAUCGCCUUGGUAUCAGUCUAAGUUUCAGAGUUGUUUCUCUUUCUCCAAAUUUCAGAAAACUAUCUAUAAGUGAAGUGGUCUCAAUCUACAAAAGAACCACCAACCGAGCAAUAUUCUUGGAUUAUGAUGGAACCAUAAUUCCUGUCUCUUCAGCAAAUAAGGUCCCAUCCACAGCACUGGUUUCCAUUCUUAAUGAUCUCUGUGCCAAUCCCGGAAAUACAGUAUUCAUCAUCAGUGGAAGAGGAAGGACUACUCUUGAUGAGUGGUUUUGUUCUUGUACAAAUCUAGGAAUUGUUUCUGAGCAUGGUUACUUCAUCAGAUGGACUAAAGAUUCUAGUUGGGAAUCUUCUCCGCCUUUUGGUAUUAACUUCAAGUGGAAAAAUACCGUAGAGCUUGUGAUGAAAUCAUACACUGAGGCCACAGAUGGUGCCUAUAUUGAAUCGAAGGAGAGUGCACUGGUGUGGAAUCAUCAGUAUGCUGACGUCGAGUUUGGCUCCUGUCAAGCUAAAGAGCUUUCCAACCAUCUGCAAAGUCUCCUUAUCGAUGCUCCUGUAUUAGUUCAUAGGGGCCAAAACAUUGUUGAGGUUAAGCCUCAGGGAGUUGCCAAAGGGAUGGCUGUGGAAAAAAUUCUGAAGCAACUGUCUGCAAAUGGAAAACUUCUGGACCUCAUUAUCUGCAUUGGUGAUGAUCGGUCCGACAAAAACAUGUUCCGGAGCCUCAAUGAUGCAGUGGCAAGGCCAUCGCUUGCCGCACCCCCUGAGGUCUUUGCCUGCACAGUAGGCCAAAAGCCAAGCAGUGCCAAGUACUACAUCGAAGAUACUGAUGAAGUGCUGGAGUUGCUAAGCGCCAUCGUAGAAACUCAAAAUGGAAGUGUCCCCAAUGAAUAAUAGGUAUAGACUCAUGUUUCACUUCUUGUGCAAAGAUCGAUCGACAAAGUUCAAAGCACAAAGUUCUCGACUAUUCCAUGAAUCAGUCUGCAAUGUUGUCUUUAACUGGGCAAAAGGGAUGCCCUUUUCGUGAUUUUAACUCCAACCGAUAAGCUAAACAAUACGUUUCGCCCGUGUCAUCUGACACAGACAAUAUUUUCUGUUCCACACUUGUAAAAAGACGAAUUCCAACACCUAAUUCAAAUGAGCAACUGCA